AUGGUUGAUCCUUGUAAAGAGCUGGACUGCACUGAGGAUGAGUUGUGUGGCCCGAAGAAUGGAGUCCACGGCUGCUUCUGCAACGAGGAUCACCCGAGAUCUCAUCCUGAGCGCUAUGACUCUGUGGAGUUCUGCUCCAACAGCACCGGCACCAUAUCUUUGUCUCGCUGCCAGCUGUUUGAGGCAGGCUUCUUGGCUGACUCCCUCCGCCUCAAUGACCCCAGCUGCAACGGCACACUCCAAGAUGGCAGAGUGGAGUUCCUCUUUGACAAUGACAACCACACUUGUGGAACCUCGCUAAGGAGUAACAGCACCCACUUCAUCUAUGAGAACACCAUCCAUGGAGGGGCCAACUCAGCCAGCGGUCCCAUCAGCAGAGAGAGACAGAUAGACCUGCUCUUCAGCUGUGUCUACCCCCUCACACAGACCCUCUCCAUGAAUAUAGAAAUCAACCCACUGGAGAGCCGUAUCACUAAGAAGCUACCAGGAGGGGAAGGAAGCUACCAUGUUCGUAUGAUUCCCUAUGAAGAUGCAGGAUUCUCCCAUGCGUUCUCUGGGAGGGUGAAUGUGGCAGUGAAUCAGCAGAUCUAUGUGGCUCUUCAAGUGGACGGAGUGGACAGCCGCCAGAUCGCCAUGGUGAUCAACUCCUGCUGGGCCACUCCUGUCAAUCAGCCAAACUACCACAUCCGAUGGGACCUCAUCAGAAACGAGUGUGCUAACCCCAAUGACAACACAGUGGAGCUGGUGGAGAAUGGGGUCAGCACAACAGGCCGAUUCUCCUUCAGGAUGUUCUCCUUCAACGCAAACUCCUCCCAGGUUUACCUGUACUGCAGCAUCCACCUGUGCUUGAUGGCAAACAAUAACUGCACAGCCCACUGUAACCAUCAGAGGCAGCGUCGUUCUGUUGAUUUCCAUGACAGCGCCUCCAUCUCACUGGGGCCUCUGGUUUUGACCAAUGAGGGGAGAAAUAAGUUUGUUCCGCACCCUGUGAGGGUGUCUAAGGCCUCAGGUCUGACGGCAUCUCUGAUGGUCCUGCUCCUGUCUGUUCUCCCUCUCAGGGCUCUGCUCGUCUAACACACAACUUUUACAGACUUUUGCACAUUACUGAUUUCAGCAUGGCCCUUGUGUGUAUGGCAAAUGUGUUGUUGUUUCAUUCAACUGUGAUCUUAGGGGGGCAACUGUAUUCAGUGAGCAGUAACCAUAGUAAUGGGAAUAGGUGAAGGACAUACUGUAUGGAAGGACCAACAGAAAAGUCAGUCUGGUUUAAACUAUAAUCUAAUUAAACUAUACGCAUUGUGAUUUAAAUUUGCUAAGGGGUUUUCUGACAAGUUCCUUUCAACAUUUGAAGAUGUAAAAAUACGGUGAUGAUUAUGGGCUUAUAUGGAGUGUUCUAGAACCCUGUGCUUUUUUCAGGAUAACUUUUAUACUGUAGCUUUGAUUUUGUUCUUGGCCAUUAAAAGGGCCAUCUGCAUACAUGAAAUGUUUUAUAA